AUGUUGAGCGGUAGUAUUAUUUGCUUUUACGUUCUCGUUCUAUACGUUUUUACUGGUGCAUCUGGUUUAAUGUGCUACACUGGAAAAUUUAAUAAAAAGCUACAGACGGUUGAUACACAAAAGUUAUGUGCAGUUUACAUUGCUCAGGACUGCCUUAAUGAACCAAAAGGGUACUUCGACGUCGGUUAUGCUGAUGCUAUCAGAACUUCACUCUGCGUUAAAACAGGAUUUCAUUAUGUAUGUUAUUGCGACACUGAUUACUGCAGCAUGAAUUUCACGGCACUCCAAGAACUUUGGAAUGAAUCUACUGAUUACGACAAAAUAAGUGAUUUCUCCAAAUGUGUCAUGAAGUUAUCUUCAGAAAGAAAAUUCGCCACUGAGACUCGACCUACCACUACCACCACUGAAUCUACCGUAACUACCACAGAAGCAACGACUACAGAAAGCACUACUACAGAAAGAACUACUACAGAAAGAACUACUACAGAAAGAACUACUACAGAGGCAGAACACACAACUUACACAACAACAUCUCACCAGCCGGGUACAAUCGAAGAAACUACGGAAGAGCCAGGAGCUUUGAAAGGAAGCGACCAAGAGAAGAGCGGGAACAAAGAAGGAAAGGAAAGCGGUGAUAUAGACUUGGACUUCAUCAUUUUCCUGAUUCUUGUCAUUGUUGCUGCAAUUCUACUGAUAGCCAUCAUUCCAACCUUGAUCGGAUGUAUCAUAAUGAAAUCAAAAAGAGACAAAACCAGAAGACAGGCAAGAGAUGAACGUGCAAAAAGUCUCAGGUCCGACAAAAGUAGAAAAAGCGAUAAAAGUGCGAAGACAACGAGCACCAAGAGCGCGAAAACGGGCUCGAGCAUGAAAAGCCAUGGAAAUAGCACAAGAUCGGGGGACGAUAGUGCGAAAAACAACAGAAGCAACAUAACGACAAGGAGCAGCAGAAAGGAACAGUCGGGAAGAUAA